AAAACAAACACCCGGUUUCAAUAAUGGCUCUCGCAUUGUGGUCGAAGUAUUCCUCAUUUUCCAGAUCCGCACCGAAUAUCAUAAGACAUUUAUCUUUAUCAUCGACAAACAGAUUAAAAGAGAUCGAGGAAGUCACUGUGACCGACACUCUGGUCAUUAAGGGUGAAUAUGUGCCCUCACCACGCCAGGAUACGCUGGUGCCGCAGCUGGUGGAAGCAGCCAAUUGCGGUGAACGAUUCUGCCCCCAAUGUACGCUUGGACUGGACAUUAAACACACGGAUGUGCUCAUCCUGAGCCAAUACGUGAGGUCCGAUGGAUGCAUGUUACCCCGGCGAGUGACCGGAUUAUGUAAGCGGCAGCAACGCCGCAUGAGUGCCCUGGUCACGAUGGCCCAGAAAGCUGGCUUGAUGUCGAAUUUGAAUCCUGCGUCGAGCAAACUGGACCCAAAACGACGAUACCAAUGGAAAAAGUACAACAAAUACUACGACGAAGACACAAUCAAGUGUUAAGCUAAGCGGCGCAAAAUAAAGUAGAUCUUUACACCAAUGUUUUGG